AUGCCUCCUCCACCCCAUAUCAAACCCGAAAAUGUCCUCAAGAGGGCCCAAGAACUCAUCGCCGUGGGCCAGGCUCCCGCCGCCCUGACGGUCCUUCACGAACAUGUCAUUUCCAAGCGGACUCGCAGCAGUCCCAUCGCCUCCCUCGAGCCGGUCAUGAUCCUCUUCGUUGAACUGUGCGUCGACUUGCGAAAGGGAAAGGCUGCCAAGGAUGGCCUGUAUCAGUUCAAGAACAUUGCUCAGAACACCAACGUGGGAACUAUCGAGCGGUUCAUCGAACUCGCAGAACAAAAGGUUACCGAGGCUCAGGCCAAGGCAGAUGAGAUCCAGUCGUCCCUCGAGUCGGUGGCGCCUUCGACCAACGUCGAGGAUCUCGAAGCCAUCGAAACCCCGGAGACCAUUCUCCUGGCCACCGUCUCUGGCGAGCAGUCCAAGGAUCGCACCGAUCGCGCCAUCGUCACGCCCUGGCUGAAGUUCCUGUGGGAGACCUACCGGACCGUGCUCGAAAUCCUGAAGAACAAUGCCCGCCUGGAGGUUAUGUACCAGACGACUGCGCUACAGGCUUUCCAGUUCUGCCUCAAGUACACCCGCAAGACUGAGUUCCGCCGACUGUGCGAGCUGCUCCGGAAUCACGUCCAAAAUGCUGCCAAGUACUCGGCCCAGAUGCACGCUAUCAACCUGAGCGACCCGGAUACGCUGCAGCGCCACCUUGACACCCGUUUCCACCAGCUGAACGUGGCCGUUGAGUUGGAGCUGUGGCAGGAGGCUUUCCGCAGCGUGGAGGACAUUCACACUCUGCUGAGCCUCAGCAAGCGCCCGCCGAAAAACAUCAUGAUGGCCAACUACUACGAGAAGCUGGCUCGGAUAUUCCUCGUCAGCGAAAACUACCUCUUCCAUGCCGCCGCGUGGAACCGCUACUACAAUCUCCUCCGUCAGUCGGCAGCAACUCUUGCGGCUGGUCAGGGCUCGAAGAAGGACAACCCUCCCGUCUCCGAUGCGGACAUGACCAAGGCCGCCUCUUUCGUGCUGCUGUCAGCCCUUUCCAUUCCCGUCAUCAGCACCUCCCGCUCCCGGGGUGCCUUGGUCGAUGUGGAUGAGGUCCGCAAAAACAAGAACGCUCGGCUCACCAACCUGCUGGGUAUGGCUCAGCCUCCUACCCGGGCCUCUCUCUUCAAGGAUGCCCUGAACAAGGGUCUGCUCAAGCGUGCCCGCCCCGAGAUCCGCGACCUGUACAACAUCUUGGAGGUUGACUUCCACCCCCUGUCGAUCUGCAAGAAGAUCACCCCGAUCCUCAAGCAGAUCGGCGCGGAUCCCGAGAUGGAGAAGUAUGUCGGGCCUUUGCAGCAAGUCAUUUUGACCCGCCUGUUCCAGCAGCUGUCUCAAGUGUACGAGUCCGUCGAGCUCAAGUUUGUCUACGAACUGGCUCAGUUCCCCGCUCCAUUCCAGGUCGACCAGUCCAUGAUUGAGAAAUUCAUCAUGAACGGCUGCAAGAAGGGUGACCUGGCUAUCCGUGUGGACCAUGUCGCCGGUGUCCUGACCUUUGACUCCGACAUCUUCUCCUCUGCCAAGGCCUUACACCCUGGCAGCGCCGCGGGAUCCGCGGAGAGCGAGGUCGGUACUGUUCAGCGCCUGCAGAGCACGCCGGCCGAAAUUGCUCGCUCUCAGCUCACGCGCCUGGCCAAGACUCUCCACAUCACCUGCCUGUAUGUUGAUCCGUCCUACACUGAGGCACGACUCCAGGCCAAGCAGCUCGCGCACGCCCGUGCCAAGGAGGGCGCUGCCAAGGAGCAUGAAGAGACUCUGGCUCGCCGGAUCAUCAUCGAAAAGAAGAAGGAGGCUGCCACGGAGUCUCUUCAGCGGAAGCAGCGCGAGGAGGAGACGAGGAAGCGCAUUCGCACGCAGCAGCUUCAGGAGGCUGAGAAGCAGCGGUUGCUCGAUGAGCACCGGGAGCGGGAGAAGAAGAGGAUCAAGGAUGAGCAGGACCGCAUCCGCCAGCAAGAGCUGAAGAAGCAGCUCGAGGAGCUCAAGAGCGGCGUCAAGGGCCUGGACGUUAGCGAAAUCGAUCUCGAGGAACUUGACACCAACCGCCUGCGUGCCAUCAAGCUCGCCCAGCUGGAGAAAGAGAAGAAUGAGCUCAACGACCGGAUCCGCAUCACGGCCAAGCGCAUUGACCACUUGGAACGAGCAUUCCGCCGUGAGGAACUCAAGCACCUUCCGGAAGACUACGAGCGACAGAAGAAGCACGACCUGGAGGUCUACGAGCGGCAGAAGGAAGAAAUCUUGAAGGAGGCGCAGCGGAAACACAAGGAGGACGUUGCACUGAAGCAUCGUUUGAGUCGUCUGGUGCCGUACUUCAAUGAAUUCAAAAAGAACCUGACAGAAAAGCGUCAUGAAGAAUUCGAGAAGCGCCGCAAGGCGGCUGAGAGAGAGUUCGAAGCCAAGAAGAGACAACGAAUCAAGGAGGUGCGGGAGCGGAGACUCCGCGAGAAGGCGGAACGGGAGGCCGAAGAGCGGCGGAGGAGGGAAGAAGAAGAGCGCCUUCGCCGCGAAGAGGAGGAACGGAAGGCCAGGGAGGAAGAGCAGAGACGGAUCCUCGCGGAAGAGAAGGCUCGGCGCGAGGAAGAGAGAAGGAAGCUCGACGAGAUUGCCGCCAAGCAGAAGCAGCGAGAAGAGGAAGCAGAGGCUCGCCGUGCUGCUCGGAAAGCCGGUCUCGCCGCUCCCCCGCCAGGAGAGCCUGUUACUCGUCCCGAAGAACCACGCACGGCACCCCGUCUCAAUCUCGCUCCACGCCCUGGUGCCGGGCCCAGCUGGAGAGAGCGCCUGGCUGCCAAGGAGGCUGCAGCAAAGGAGGCCGCGGCGAAGGAGGCUGCAGCGAAGGAGGCUGGUGCGGACGCGGCCGAGCCACCCAAGGAAGAAACUACGCUUCCUCGCAAGCCUGGUGGCUAUGUGCCUCCCCACGCGCGCCAGGGAGCUGCCGCUGCCGCUGCUGGACGGGAUACCUCUGCGGCGAACGGUGCUACUGGUACUACCGAGCGCUAUGUUCCUCCUCGUCUUCGCGAGGCCGCUUCUCAACCGUCUAGCAGAGUUCCAUCUUCGUCUGGUGCCUCUGCUGCUGCUAGUGCUGCUCCUUCCGCUCCAGCAGCAGGGAAAUCCGAGGAGACGAAAGCGCCCAGCACGCAGAAGUGGGUGCCACGGUGGAAGCAGCAACAACAGCAGCAGCAAAGCUAG